UUUUUUCCUUUUCAUUAUUAUAGUUAUAUAAAUGAUGAAGACAUAGAAAAGAGUAGUAAUUGCUUUUUCUUGCAUUUGCUAAAAAGCAAAGUGCAUCGACUUUCCAUCAUGCUUGUCUGACUGUAGAUCCAGUUUCCAAAAAAAAAUCUUCCCUAUUUAGGCCUUGAGUUUGGUUAAUUUUUCACUUGAGCCAGACACUGUCUUCUUCUUCUUCUUCUUCUUCUUCUUCUUCUUCUUCUUCUUCUUCUAUCUUAAAUUUAUCUGGUUAAUAAUGGUAAUGGAGCAGGAGAUGACAGAGCUUCUAUCUUUAGACCAAUCAAAAAAAAUGGAGGAUUCGGAGAAACAAACUUCUCCUCCUCCUUCUUCUUCUCAUUCUUCUCCAAUUCCAAUUAAAAGUAGAAAAAAGGGUGGCUUAAUUACCAUGCCUUUUAUUAUAGCAAAUGAGGCACUGGAGAAAGUGGGAAGCUAUGGAGUUUUACCAAAUAUGACAUUUUAUCUAAUGAGAGAUUACAGAUUGGGGGUUACAAGUGCUCAAAAUUUGCUGUUUUUUUGGUCAGCAGCUACUAAUUUCUUGCCUCUUGUUGGAGCUUUUGUUGCUGAUUCAUAUUUGGGUCGAUUUCUUGCUAUUGGCCUUGGUUCCAUCUUCAGCUUCCUGGGAACAUUUGUGUUGUGGUUAACAGCAAUGAUUCCGAAAGCAAGGCCUCCGCCUUGCAAUCAACCAGGACAGGCUUGUAAAUCUACAACGCCAUCACAAUUCAUGCUCUUGGUUUUCUCGUUUAUGCUCAUGUCAAUUGGUGCUGGAGGUAUAAGACCGUGUUCUUUAGCCUUUGGUGCUAACCAGGUUGACAGGGGAGAUAAUCCCAACAGGGUAAAGGUGUUGGAGACUUUCUUUGCCUGGUAUUAUACUUCAUCCAUAGUCUCUGUUCUGAUUGCCCUGACGGGUAUUGUUUACCUUCAAGACAGAUUGGGGUGGAAAAUUGGUUUUGGAGUUCCUACAAUUCUCAUGUUCUUAUCUGCAGUGUUUUUCUUCCUCGCUUCUCCUUUUUAUAUCAAGCAAAAGGUUCGCACAAACUUGUUUGGUAGUUUUGUACAAGUAAUUGUCGCUGCCUGCAAGAAUAGGAAACUCCCGUACCCCAAUGAGAACUCUGAUUACCAUCACAAGAAUGGUUCAGGACCUCAAGUGCCAACGGAGAAGUUGAGAUUCUUAAACAAAGCUUGCAUUGUUAAAAGCCCUGAAGAUGUUAAGCCAAAUGGAGUUGCAGCCAAUCCAUGGAACCUUUGCACAGUGGAGCAAGUUGAGGAGCUAAAAGCCGUCAUUAGAAUCAUCCCACUCUGGUCGACGGGGAUCAUGCUAUCAAUAAACUUGAGCCAAAGUUCAUUCCCUCUACUACAAGCUCAAUCCAUGAAUAGACAUCUAACUAAAGGAUUCCAAAUUCCAGCUGGGUCAUUUGGUAUGUUUUUGAUGAUCGCGUUAACAAUUUGGGUUUUUCUCUAUGACCGGGUGAUGCUUCCAUUGGCAUCAAAAAUCAAAGGAAGACCAGUUCGUCUAAAACCUAUAGUCAGAAUGGGACUCGGCAUAGUAGUCUCUUCCAUAUCCAUGUUAGUCGCUGGUAUCGUGGAACAUAUUCGACGAAAGAGAGCGAUCAAUCAAGGGCUCUUGAAUAACUCGCAGGGGUUGGUGGAGAUGUCCGCAAUGUGGCUCAUAAUACCAAACAGUUUAAACGGGAUAGCAGAGGCAUUCACCGCCAUUGGAUCCACAGAGUUCUUCUAUUGCGAGCUCCCAAAGAGUAUGUCAAGUCUUGCAUCUGCUCUUUUUGGAUUGGGAAUGGCAGUGGCAAAUCUUUUAGCAAGUGUGAUUUUGAGUGCUGUGGAUAAGUACACUAGAGGAGAAGGGAAAGAGAGUUGGAUUACUAGCGAUAUCAACAAGGGACACUAUGAGUAUUACUAUUGGCUUCUUGCUGUAUUGACAGCUUUCAAUCUGCUUUAUUUUCUGGUUUGUAGCUGGGCUUAUGGACCCUCUGCUGAAAUUGACAUAACUGAGAGAAUGAUGGAGGCAAGUGAUGAUGAUGGUGAUGAUCUGCCACAGCAGAAUAUAUCUACACCCGGCUUGAAAUCCCACUAGGCUACUUAAAUUACAUUGUCUAUACAUAAUACUAGUAUUUAUACAGAAUUAUAUAUUUUGUCUACUGCUGCUGGAUUUUUCAACUACUAAUAUAGUUUACAUUAUGUUCUUA